AACCAUGGUGAUGAGACAUCUACAUUUUAACAUAAACAAAAGCAAAACGUACUUAUCGUAACUUAAAACAACAAAAUGCAACAAGUAUCAACUGUUCAGCCAGUAUUUAAAUUAGAAUUAAACCAUAAAGUUAUACCAAACAUUGUAACCAUUGCAAAAUAUGACGGCACCCAUCCUUGUCUUACCGCUUGCGCCGGUUUCGAUAAGAUAAUAAUUCACCACCCUCACGGUGGAGCAGUCAGCGGUCGCGCACAACGAUCCAGAGCCCACGGGGAGGUCUCCGAGCUGAACUUGAGCCAGGCCGUGGUCGCGCUAGCGUCCGGUCCGCUGCGGCCCGAUUCUACUCGGGACAUGCUUCUUAUUGGAUCCCCUUCUCAGAUAUUAGCAUAUGACGUCCACGACAAUUCCGAUCUCUUCUUCAAAGAAGCGCACGACGGGGUAAACGUGAUCAUAGCUGCCUCCUUCGGCAAGUACCAGGAGACUCUGGCCAUCGUGGGCGGGAACAGUUCUGUACAAGGCAUCGACUGGCAGGGGAACGAGGUGUUCUGGACCGUCGUCAGCGGGAAGGUGUGCGCGAUGAUCACGUUUGACUUUGAUAAGGAUGGGGAGAAUGAGUUACUCCUAGGAUGUGAAGACUCCUACAUAAGGGUGAUGAAGAACAACCAGUUUAAGACGGAGAUAGCGGAAACAGGACCCGUUAUUUGUCUGGCAGCAAUUACUGAGGUCAGAUUCGCGUACGGUCUGGCUAAUGGGACUAUUGGCAUUUAUGAAGAAGGAAUAAGGCUUUGGAGAGUUAAGUCGAAAACCAACGCACUCUCAGUCCAACUUUCGGGGGAGGCGCUGGCAUGCUGCUGGAGCAACGGGCGUAUCGACUGGCGAGAUGCACUGUCCGGCAGAGUACUGCGGCGAGUGCAACUGCGUUCUGCGGCCUCUGCCAUGCUGUACGCUGACUACCGGUCCGUCGGCGCUCCAGAUCUGGUCUGUGUGUCGGAUAGGGGAGAAGUUCUGGGCUACCCACCGUACCAAGAGGCCGCGGGUUCUAAGAGCCAGCCCUCAGAAGAAGACCGCGCGGCAAUAGUGGAACUGUUCAACCGCAAGCAGGCGUUGACAGUGGAGCUCCAGCACUAUGAGGCCAGCGCGAGCGACGAACGACCGACGAGCGCCAUGCCGACUAAUACACGGCUGCAUGUCGCCGUCACCACCGACCUUAAUGAUGAAGGAAUAGAUCUCACGAUAUCCACCAACAACGACACCGUGGUGCGCGCGGCUCUGGUGCUCGCGGAGGGUAUCUUCACGACGGGCGAGACGCUAGCGCGGCACCCAGCGCCCGCGCAGCUCCGCUCCGUGCUGCGCGUGCCGCUGCGCCCGCCAAGGGACGUGCCCGUCGACGUGCAUAUCAAGGCACUAGUAGGUUAUGCAGACAGUGAACAAUUCCACAUAUUUGAACUGACUAAGCAGUUGCCCAGGUUUGCCAUGUAUUGCUUGGCUCCAUCUACCCUCGCCAUCACCAAACAGAACAGCUAUGUCACAUUCAAGAUCACGGAGAGGAUUCAAAGAAUCUGCAUUUGGAUCAACCAGAACUUCUUACUCGAUCAAGAUAUAGUACUUGAAAUGGAAAACAUGAAGGAACUGCAUAUGAAGUUCAUUUGUUUAAGGGACAAGUCACACUUGGAGAUGGACUUUGAAGCCGAUGGAAAUGUGAAGUUUUCAACACCUCAUAUUUCAUUGGCGGGUGACUUGAUCCAGAGUUUGGCAGUUUAUCUAAAUCUAACAGAUUUGCAGUCCACGGCACAAUUUCCUGAAGCAGAAGAUAAACUUCGCGAAGAGAUGGCAAAUGCUUCUCAAGUAGGGGAGGUGAGAUCACGUUUGGCAGCAGAAACUGCUGAAAGGGCGCAACUGAUAACCGCACUGUUACCCGCAGCCCAAGAUGCCGCAGCUCAUGAUUUGAAAGAAAUGUUGAGUCGCUACAAAGAAGUGGUAAUGCUGAAUGAGGAGUUAUUGUUGAGCUGCCACGUGCGACGCUCGACGCAGGAGCACGCUGUGGCCUCCUUGAAGACGCUGCACAUGAUACUGCAGCAAGCCGCGCGAUUAAGAGUUGGUAAAUACAGCAAAGCAGUGGUUGCUGCGAGUCGGAAAGCAGUAAAAGACGACAACACUGAAGCUCUCAUCAAAAUACUGCAAGUGGGGGAUUGUUGAGAUGAAAUAAAUAAAACAAAAGAACUAGUUA